AUGGGAAAUAAUUUGAUGAACGGUAUUCACCUUCACGUGAGAUGUAUGGCUCACAUCAUGAAUCUUGUGGUCCAGGAUGGUAUAAAAGAAUCUUCAGUGUUGAUUGAACGUGUUAGGCAUGCAGUGAGAUAUGUUAGGCAAUCUCCUGCGAGGUUGAAGAGGUGGAAUUCCACCGACUUGAUAUUGCGUAGGGCAGUUGAAUUUGAAAGUGCAUUUUUACAUUAUGCUUCUAGUGAAAUUGGCCUGAGAUAUUAUCUUGAGCAUUCUUAUAUUGAAGUUGGAAAACCUACAGGUGAACUUUUGAAUAGUGAUUGGGAGAAUCAAUUGAUAGCAAAUGAAGAUACAGUUUUUAGUGAAAUGGCAAAGAAGAUGAAAGAAAAGUUUGAUAAGUAUUGGGGUGAUCCAGGGAAAAUGAACAAGAUAAUUUUUAUUUCAUGUAUUUUGGAUCCACGUUACAAGCUCGAAUCAGUUGGCUAUGCACUUGUAAAGAUGUUUGGUAAAGAUAUGGGGGCAACUAUACAAGCAGAAGUGAAGAAGUACAUGACUUCAUUAUUUAGUGAGUAUGUAAAGUCCAGCUCAAAAGGUGUCGUGCUUGCUUUAUCUUCAGAUUGUUCUUCAUUGGACACUUCUGCUUCCGGGCUUUCUGGCAAAACUGAGGAUGACACUAAAGAAUUUGAUGUUCUUCUCUGGUGGAAAUUGAACUCAGCUAGAUUUCCUGUUCUUGCGGAGAUGGCUCGUGUUGUAUUAGUUGUUCCGGUUUCAUAUGUGGCAUCCGAAUGUAGAAUAUUCGAUGAUUGGACUCACAACCAGUUUGCCUAUGAAAAUGAGAUUCUUGGGCAGGCUGUUGAUAUAGACACAACGGUAAAGGUAAAGGUAGAAUAUUCGAUGACUGAAUCUGCUGCUCCUCAACUCAUUCCUCCUCUCAUCUUUGCAAGUUGUUUGAACUUUGAAGCUGCAGAAAUUGAAGAGGUGUUAACUAUUAUGUUAGCUGAAGAAUGUAUUGAAGAUAGUAACAAGCAGUGGCUUGUGUUUUACGACCAUUGA